CGGAGCUGGGAAUCAAAUCUUCAGGGUUCCUGGAGCAGAUUAGUUUUGAAUGUCACUUAAUCCUGGUCGUUCUUCCGCAACCUGAGCCGUGAAAGGGCAACCUGAAUUCUGAUAGGGACAGGGUUGAUAUAAACCCAUGUAAGUGACCAGAUUCAUAGGUAAUGCAGGAUGGAGUUGCAGGCUGGAGCCCAGCUGCUGCUGCGGCUGCUGCUGUGGGUGAUAUACUGUGGAGAUGCGCAGAGAGUGAAAGAAGCACGAUAUGCAUCGAUUGUUGACGUGACCAACGGCGGGACCUGGGGUGACUGGGCCUGGCCUGAGAUGUGUCCUGAUGGAUACUUCGCCAGUGGGUUCUCCAUCAAGGUGGAGCCCCCUCAGGGCAUUCCUGGGGAUGACACAGCUCUGAACGGGAUCCGGCUGCACUGUACUCGAGGGAAUGCCAAGCAGAACACCCAUGUUGUGGAGUCUCAAUCUGGAAGCUGGGGCUCAUGGAGCGAGCCUCUGUGGUGUCCUGGCACCCACUUCCUAGUGGCUUUCUCCCUUCGGGUGGAACCGUUUUCAUUUCCCGGGGACAACACUGCGGUGAACAACGUGCGUUUCCGUUGCUCGAAUGGUGUGGAGCUGGAGGGGCCUGGGCUGAGCUGGGGAGAUUACGGAGACUGGAGCAACUCGUGUGCCAAAGGUGUCUGUGGCUUGCAGACCAAAAUCCAGAAGCCUAGAGGCCCCCGUGAUGACACUGCGCUUAAUGACGUCAGGAUAUUCUGCUGUAACUCCUGAAGCUGUUGCUGUGGCCCACUCUCCCACUGGACCCUGCCAGUGCUGUGCCUCUUACUAUUAAAGCUUCUUGGUCUUG